GACAGGCCACAUUGAACGUGUCUGUAGAAAUAAAAACAGAGCUGAAAAACAGCAUACUGACGUGAAGAAAAGUGGUUUCAGGAGAAAUAAAAAGAAAUAUGUCAAUAAGUUGGAACACAACCAACAUGGAUCAAGCGGCAAUGAGUCUGACGAUGAGACAGUAUGUGUGCUAUCAAUCAGAGACAAUGAUGAUGGAUACUGGGUCACCCCACUGUUAGAGAACAGCUGUGUGCGGAUGCAGAUAGACACGGGUUCCCGACUCUCCAUGGUGUCUGAGGCCAUUUACAGAGAAAAGCUAAAACACCUUACCCUUCAACCAACCAAAUUGAGAUUACGAACCUAUACCGGGGAGGCUGUCCCAGUUUUAGGAUUUGUGAAGGCAACAGUGGAAUACAACGAGCAAAAAAGGGCCUUACCUCUAUACGUCAUUGCAGGAAACCGCCCUGCCCUGUUUGGCCGCAGUUGGCUGGAAGAGCUCAAAUUAAACUGGCAAGAAGUUUUCCUUGUGGAUGAUGGGACGACUGGUUCCCUCCGGGAGGUCUUGGAGAAACACACCAAUGUUUUUGGUGACGAACUUGGCAGCAUGAAAGACAUAACAGUCAAACUGACCAUAAAACCAGGAAGUACGCCAAAGUGUCUAAAGGCGAGGCCAGUUCCCUAUGCAAUCAAACCGAAGGUAGAGGCUGAAUUAGACCGGCUGGUCGAAAGUGGGGUACUAGAACAAGUCAGAACGAGUGAAUGGGCCACACCAAUUGUCCCAGUAGUAAAAAAAGAUGGGUCACUCAGAAUCUGUGGUGAUUUCAAAGUCACUGUAAAUCCAGUUUUAGCUGCUGAGCAGUAUCCAUUACCCCUGAUCGAGGACAUCUUCGCAGGUCUGGCUGGAGGCCAAAAGUUUAGCAAGAUAGACUUAUGCCAGGCUUACCUUCAGAUGCAUGUUGUUCCCGAGUCUCAGGAACUGCUGACGAUAGUCACGCACAAGGGCCUUUACAGAUACCAGAGGCUCCCUUUUGGAAUUACAUCGGCUCCAGCCCUUUUUCAAAGAGCCAUGGAGCAAAUCCUGAGUGGCCUUCCCGGAGUCCAAUGCUACUUAGAUGAUCUUCUGAUCACAGGGACAGAUGAAAAGACACACUUAAGGAACCUGGAAGCAACCUUACAGAGACUGGAAGACUAUGGCCUGAGAGUUCGGAAAGACAAGUGUGAAUUUUUCAGAUCCUCAGUUGAGUACUUAGGCCAUGUUAUUGACAGUGCAGGACUGCACAAAGCGCCAUCCAAAGUAAAGGCCAUAAUGGAAGCGCCCUCUCCAGUCAAUGUGACCCAACUGAGAUCAUUUUUAGGCCUUCUCACAUACUAUGGGAAAUUUGUGCCUAACCUGGCAAAUCAGCUGAAGCCAUAGCACGAGCUGCUAAACAAAACAAAGCAAUGGGAGUGGACCAAGAGAUGUGAAACAGCAUUCAAAGAUGCAAAAAGGGCUCUGUGUGACUCUGGGGCCCUCAUUCACUUUGAUCCUGCACUACCCAUCCAGUUGGCAUGUGAUGCUUCACCCUACGGUGUUGGCGCCGUAGUAUCACACAUACUACCAUCAGGGGAAGAGAGGCCAAUCGCUUUUGCUUCGCGGACCUUGAGCCAAGCCGAAGGCGGA